UUGCAUGUCAAAAGAAUUAAAGGUAUGCCUUUAGAAACAUCUAAGUUGUUACUCUUGUGUCAUAGAGUAUAUGUGCAUGUAAAUUCUGAAGGAUUAAAUCGUUGAAGACUCAUGCUUAAAGUCCAUGUAAAAGCUUGGGUAAUUUGCGAACCAGUCAAUAGAGAGGUGAUCACUCAAUGAUCACUGUGUUGGUUUGUUUAGUUACUUCAAAUGCCUUGUCUACUUUUUAGCUUGUAAUCUGACUAUGAGAUAAGCGUGGGCUGUCUUACUUGCAAUCAAGAAAUUACAUUUUCUGCGAUAAAGAGAAGCAUGGAGAAAAUAACUUGGCAAUUUUAUUAUUUGGAGCUAUAUAUUUACUUAAUCAGACAUCCCAUUUCAUAAUGCUUUUUUUGUUAAGGUAAUAGCACAGACGCGUUUCUUCUUUGUUGAAUCAUGUGUUUGUUCCCCAUGUUUUUGCCAUGUUGUUUUCAAAGCAUGGAAGUUAAUCUACCAACUCCACCCCAUGUCCUGGCAUGUAGGAUAUGCAUAUGCCUUUAACUUGUUCUUAAGUUUGCAGUGGAUAGAGACUCUAUUUUUCCUUUUUUUGGUGCUGAAGGUUUAUUUUUCAGUUUUUCAGCUACUUUCAGUGAAAAGGUGACAAGAACAGUAAGAAAGUUCUCUCCACAUUUGGCAGCAAAGAUGAGGCCUCCUCACAUGCCUGUCAUUCGUGGCCGUCCUUCAUCCAAAAAAUCAGUAUACAUCUGUGGCCAACCUCGUGGGGUGUUUGUCUUCUUAUUCUCAGCUGCCAGUUUUAUUCUGUGGUUCACUUCUGGCACUCUGCUGUUUGUUUUAUGGGCAUUUGGCAUUGGCCUCCUUGUUACAGUUCUUCAUGCAAGUGUCAGGACACCUAAUCUGAAGGCACGCCUCAACACAUUCCGGGAAGAAUUUCGUGCUGUGUGGCGCAAUUAUAGUGAGCUGUGACUGGUCAUGGAAUUGAAGUGUACCACUCCAUCCCUGAUGCGCAACUUCAAUUUCAGUUAAGUUGCAAGUAUUCUUUGUAAAUAUAAACAAAUUGUCAGCUCAUUCGAUGGAGGAUGUUAGAAAAAAGAAAAAAAUUAUUCUGCUUGAUUUUCUUUUUUCCCUUCUGUGUUAUGAAGUUCCCAUAUAUUUUUCUUAAAUAACUUUGACCGUCUUCUGUGAUUUACCUGGAGUUCGAAAGUCAAAGAAAGCACUGUCGUUUUAUUAUCCA